AUGUCAUCUGAGCAGGCAUGGGAGACCACAGAUGUCCUCAUCUGUGGCUGCGGGCCAACAGGAGCUAUGCUCUCCGGCUACCUUGACAGUAUGGCGGUCCGGAAUAUCGUCCUGGAGAGAGAGGCCGAGAUCACGACGGACCCCAGGGGAAUCGUUCUUGACGACGAUGGCAUACGGUACUUGCAGGGUCUAGGUCUCUAUGAGCAUGUCUAUACGGCCAUUGGCUCUUGUAUUGAGAAGGUAUUAUUCUUGCCCGGUGAGCAGCAAAGCUUGCAUACGAAGCCAAGCUUCUGCUUUAAGACUGCUUCGUCCGAAGGAUAUACGGGACACGUUGGCGUCAUAAGCCACAAACAACCUGUGCUUGAAAAACACCUCCGUUCCGUAAUCGAAGAGUCUCAGUACUCGCAAUUGAGGAGUAGAUGCACGUUGGAGUCAAUUCAGGAAGACAAGGAGUGGGUGUAUGCAACCUACGCGGAUUCCGAAGGAACUAAUCGACAAAUCCGUGCUCGUUUUCUGGUCGGUGCGGACGGCAAGACGGGCUACGUGCGCAAGCAAUAUUUAGAACCACGGGGAAUCACAAUGGACUGGGCCGAACAAUGUCGUUACGAAGAAACCUGGGUUGCAUUGAACUGGGAAAUCCGCCUGCCAACAGUAGAAACGCACCCAGACUUCCCGCUAUGGAGGAUGGGGUAUUCCUCUGAAGAGGUGUACGACUCGUUCUUCCCAAAGAACUUCCGGUUCCUAUGCAACCCACGUCGGCCGGCAGUCUGCGGCCGAUUUGGCCAGAAGAAGGACCGCCUUUGGAGGUUUGAAUUCGUGGUUCAACCCGGCGAAGAUCCGCAAGAGAUGUCUGAGCCCAACAAGAUUCGCGAGAUCGUAUUCCCUUAUCUUCGUCAUCCUGGGACCCGCUAUGGGUUAGACGCAGACGUCGAGUUUCCAACCGAUUGCAUCAAAGUACUGAGAUCUCGCCCAUUUCGCUUUGCAGCAAGGAAGUGCAACAAAUGGGCUCUGGGACGAGUCAUCCUGUGCGGCGAUGCAGCUCACGUCUUCCCCCUUGUAAGUUCGCCUUUGUCACCUAUGUGUGCUCCAGUGCUGACUCGGGAUUCUGUAGUCGGCGGCCAAGGAAUUGCUUCCGGAUUUCGGGAUGCCAUCGCUCUUGCCUGGCGCCUUGCCAUUCUGACUCGGUCACGCUCGACUCAGUUGGACUACGAGCAGGUUCUCGAGGGUUGGUACUCUGAACGCAGCCAGCAAUUCCAGAAGUCCCUCAACACAACCUUGCGAAACGGACAGUUGGUCAAUAGCACCAACCCAGUGCAGAACUUCAUCCGGGACUGGGCGGUCUGGGUCAUGCAACUAAUACCUCCCGUGAAGCAUCAACUAGAACUCGGACCCCGAAGGGAAGGCCCAGUUAGGUACAUCCACUCGGCGGGUAUGCCGUUUCUGCCCUCUCUCAAUGGUGGACUCUGCUUUCCACAAACGUAUUGCUCUGAGAUAGGGAGGCUCCACAGUCGGAUUCAGUUUACCGACGACGUGAUCUUUUCCAAAGAGAAGGCAAAGCUCUUCCAGAUUGUGAUCUUGCUAGAUAAACCCGAACAGGCGGUAGCGGCAACCCAAGAGCUAGACGGCAUUGACGGCCUUAGCGGUGGCCACUUGUCUGCCAAAGAGGCCACCCUUCUGGUUCACGCUCUGAAGUGCCUUCCUGAUGAUGAGUACAGCGAAUUUGCCGAUCUAUCCCUUUCCCUGUUUCGAAUUGCCACUGCAGAAGAGUUCCAGCAGUCCGACUUGUGCGUUGGACGGCCGGAACCGCAGGGCUACAACGACCGUCAGAUCUGGCAGGUUUUGCCAGGAAAGAGGUUUGUGAUUGUGAGGCAUGAUCGUUUUGUCUAUGCCGCUUGUGCUACGAGGGCUGAACUAGUUGAAGCUGCUAAAAGUCUGGUGGAGUGUCUGCCAUUGGACUGA